CGAGUUUUGUCCAAGAUGGCGUCAACGCAGUUAACAGAUGAGGAGCUUUUCUCCGAAUUAAAGCGCUUUGGUUUCACUCCAGGCCCGGUAACCGAAAACACCCGUCCGGUAUAUUUGAAGAAACUGAAGAAGUUUCGCGAAGAGCAACAGCAGCGGGGCUCCAGGCCGGGUAAAACCCGAAGCUGCGGGCCCAUCAACAGCACCACUGGCGGCGGCAACACGGCGGGAUCCAGGCCAGCCAGCCAUGACGUCACGCACCUGAGCUCCAGCAGGAGACCGGGCCGGAAGUCCUCCGUCCUCGGCUUCAGCUCUGACGAGUCUGACGCUGAAACUCCAUUGAAAAGAAAGGGCCUCAAUCACAGCGGCAGGACGGACCGAAGCCCUGGUUUUCAACCACAACCGAAGAUCAGACCCAUUACAACACCGAGUGUGGCCAUCAAGAGUCAGUAUGGCGCUACGAGUCCGCUGAAUAGCAACAAUUCUUCCCCGGAUCCGGACGGACAGAGAAGUGUCUCGUUGGGCUGGGGAGUUCGUGCCAGAUCCAGCCCUGGGGCGGAAGGGAGGGAUUACGACGAAUCGGGGGACGAGGACGAUUAUGAGGGGGGAACGGAGAAGAACUCUCGCUCUUUAAAUGGUUGUGGGGCGUCUCAUUUGAACACUAGCAAGUUAGCCGGGGAUUACUCAGACUCGGACGAGGAGGAGGCUGGGGGUCAUGGUGCCGGAGACCGACAGCGGGAUAGGUUGCAGCCGAGACGGAGCCACCCGCAAGCCGCGUUCCCUUCCCACGUAGUCGGCCGAGGGUCUCAGACGGGAGGGGCAGCCAGGGAGGUUAGCCCGCCCGAGAGUCUAAACAUGGUGGGGAGCCGGAGGGAGGAGGGGGAGGGAGACGAGGUAAAGAGAAGGGAAUCGGACUCAUCGGGAGGCUUGCAGAGCCACAACUUUACCAGGAAGCCCAUCUACGUGUCCCUCUCCGAGAACCAUGGAGGAGAGACCGGCAAAAACAACCACGUCGACGGGGAUCACGGAGCCUCCAGAAGCAGCAGCUCCAGUAGGUUCAGCAUCGGCUUGAGACCGCGCUUCUCCAACUACAGCAGCCUGUCCCAGACCUACAGGGGCAACCACUCCAACCACGCUCCCAACCACUCAUACAGCCAGGCACUGCUGAAGCAGAAGGUGGCUGUCCCGGAGGAUGAGCUGCUCCAGCAGUUCAAAAGGGAGGAGGUGGCCUCGUCUGGCAGCUUUAGCGCUCACUACCUGUCCAUGUUCCUGCUCACUGCAGCCUGCCUCUUCUUUCUGCUGCUGGGCCUCAUGUAUCUGAGGAUGAGGGGCUCUGGAUCCUCUGAGGUGGAUGGAGUCAUUAAGAGUCACCCUUUUGGCAGCGAGUUUGACUCCACUUAUAACAAGCCGGAGAAGGACCUGAUCCUAAAGCUGCUGCUCAAUCUACACAACCACCUGGCCCAUAUCGCAGGUCAGCACGACUGUGGAGACCAGCAGCAUCCGAACAGGAGUCUGUCCAUGGCCGAGGCCUCCGCGUAUUUACUGGCUCAGAAUCAGGAGUUUCAAGACUUCAUUCAUACUUCUCUGGAGUGGAUCAUCCGGACAGGCCAGGAUGUUGGGAUAAGGCUGACUGGGCAGGUCGCUGAUGAUCCAGUGACCGACGUGUCUGAGAUAUCUCGGAUGGAGUCCACACAUCCCAACAUGCCCUUCACGUGCCGCUUCCGCCGAGCUUUCCUCACCGUCAUCAGCAGAGUCUUUCUCAUCGCAGUCGUGGUAGGCUGUGUGUGGAGUGUGGUCUGCUACAUGAAGUACCGCUGGAGGAGAGAAGAGGAGGAGACCAGGGAGAUGUACGACAUGGUGGAGAGGAUUAUCGAUGUGUUGAGGAGCCACAGUGAGGCUUGCCAAGAGAACCAGGACCUGCAGCCCUACCUGCCCAUUCCUCAUGUCAGAGACUCCCUGGUUCAGCCUCAGGACCGGAAGAAAAUGAAGAAGAUUUGGGAGAAGGCUGUGAACUUCCUCUCUGCCAACGAGUCAAGGAUUCGAACAGAGACUCAGAGAAUUGGUGGAGCGGACUUCCUGGUCUGGAGGUGGAUCCAGCCUUCUCUCAGUUGUGACAAGCUCUCCUUGAUGCCCUCCAAAGUCUGGCAGGGAAAAGCUUUCCCUCUAGACCGGAGGAACUCACCUCCCAACAGCCUGACUCCGUGUCUGAAGAUCAGAAACAUGUUUGAUCCAGUCAUGGAGGUUGGGGAGAACUGGGAUCUAGCCAUCCACGAGGCCAUCCUGGAGAAGUGCAUCGACAAUGACGGCAUCGUCCACAUCGCUGUUGACAAGAACUCACGAGAGGGCUGCGUCUAUGUGAAGUGUCUCUCUGCAGAGCACUCAGGGAAAGCCUUCAAGGCACUUCAUGGCUCCUGGUUUGAUGGUAAGCUGGUGACCGUGAAGUAUCUGCGUUUGGACCGAUACCACCAGCGCUUCCCGCAGGCCCAGGGCUGCAGCACGCCCCUGAAGGCCUCCAGCCCCCACCUGAACACCACAAGCACCAUGAACACUACGUCUCGCCUGCAGCACCGCGGCUCAGCCAACUGCUCGGGCUUCUCAUGAGAUCAGCAUUAGCAAUAGAUUCAGCAUUGUCGUCUGCGCCCUCCUAGCAUGACAGCACCAGGCUGCUGCUGCGCCCUCACUGCUUUAUAACGGGGAAGACUUCAGUCUGUGUCAUUGGAGAGCUUUUUUUUUUCUCGUUUGUUUUUCUUUUUUCAACACAGGAUCUUUGCAAGAGAAGCUGUUCAGCGGUGCAGUGUUUGUUUUCUGUAAUCUUUGUAUUAGACAUGUCAUGGAUUUAACAAGGAAGCAAAGUUCUUCUGGAAUAUUUAAGAUGUGUGCAGAGACUCUAACCCUCCCUCCUUCUCUUCCACAGUCUAACUGAUGCCAUGAUGGAGUUCAUUUGGGCACUGUAUGGAAAUGGCUGCAUGUAUCAGAGUAUGCCUCUAUGUAAGCUUUCAAUACAACACAGUGUGGGUGUUAAUUUCCUGAAGAUGUUCAGUGUACUCCUUGUUACUCUUCUUCUUCUUAUUAUUAUUUAGUCAAGUGAGGAAGGCAUGAACAGACUUGUAGAGGCUGUGCUGUAAAUACAUGUGAAUGGUGGCACAAGCUUUAUCACGUCCUCUGUAUUAAAAGCAAACCAUAAGCUCACAUUUUCUUGCUGCUCACUUACCACAGCAGAGCACAUCCACAACCGGAGGCAAACACUCCCUGAGAUGCGUUCUGUUGUAGCCUCGCGGGCGGUGUUUGCCCCUGGUUCAGCUGAUAGAACAGGGCGACAGGAUGUUGACUCAGCCACUGUGUUUGUUGUUUGCUCCCUGUAUUCCAUGUAUGGCCUUUUCUUUCCCUUUGUCCUCGAUUUUGUUAUAGCAUACAGCAGUGCUCCCGAACUCUUCACUCUUGAGCGAUAUAACAGAAUCAGGGAGUGUACCUUUAACAGUCACCUGCAGCUUUCCUCUCCAGAUAUAACCCAAUAUAUUCCCAAGUUAUUGUUAUUAGUUAUUUUUAUUAUUUACCUUUUUCAAGUUGGGUCAUUUUCACUGUUGGCGCAUUCGCCUCAUUGAUUUGUAUUUUCAAACCUGAACAAGUGGUGUGUGUUGUCAACGCUCUGUGCACGUGACCAAAAGACCAGAGGUGUUUCAUGUCCAGUUCACAAUCUGUGCUCAUCUCACACAGAUGGUUCCCGUCAUGAUGGAAUCUGAUGAUGUCAGGACUGGUCUUUGAUCAUAUCAGCCACUCUUUUUGUCACAAGGUGUCCUGUGGGGAUGUUGACAAUUUGUAAGACCCCCAACUAUUCCAACCCCCGUAAGGAGACUGUAUUGAAUUUAAGGAUUCCUGUUGCUUGUGUGUUGUUUUUUUUCAGAAAAUGCUAAAAAUCCAGGAGUUGCCAGACUUAAUUUAAUUUUUAAUGCAGUGAAUUGAAAGUUGGAUUCAGUAUUUGCAGUGUGAAAUUGUACAAAUGAUGCACAUUUCAAGUGUUCAAACCCUGCUGCAGCAGACAACCCAACUGUGCCUUAAAUUUGUGCUUUUUUAAGACUGGCACUGCAUUACUGGAGAAUGUCCUGGAUUUAAGAAAUGUUGAAACAGUUGAAAGGGUGAGUAAGGCCUGCCAUAGAUGUAGUUUUGGUAGAGUUUGACAUCUUCAAAUUUGGUGUUUUGUAGCGGUUUCCUUUGAUAUUAAACCAAAUGCUUCUCUCUAUUUAUUAUUAUUUUUAAGAAUCAGCCGUGGUGUACUAUUUUAAUGUCACUAGACCUGUUACAUACACCGAUCAGCCACUACGUGAAAACGACUUGUGUCAUACUGUGUCAGCCCCGCUCAUUAAGCCUGACCCAUCAAGGCGUGGACACAGGACCUCUGGGGGUUUCUCUGUACUGGCUGGCGGCGGAUCCUUUCAGUCCUGUUGGUCGUGAGGCGAGGCCUCCAUGGAUCGGAGUUGUUCCGGCACGUCCCACAGAGACUUGAUCGUAUUGGGAUCUGGGGACUUUGGGGGCCAGGUCGACACCUUGAACUCGUUGCAGCCAUCAGGGAGUACCGUUGCCACGAGGGGGUGUGUUUGGUCUGCAACAGUGUUGGGUGGGGCAUGCCUAUCAAGGUGGCCUCCACAUCAAUGCCAAGACCCAAGGUUUCCCUGCAUUGUAACGAUGUCAUUCACUUCACCUGUCAGUGGUUUGAAUGUUGUGGCUGAUCGGUUUGUGUCAUAUAUAUAUUGUUUUUUUUUUCAUCAAGACAUCGAGUCAUCUACCUUAUAUCCGCUUCCAAACAAUGUCAGGAUGUGUAAAUCAAAAUAAAGUGAACACUUUCAUAAAUAAGCCAGUUGAUAGUGCAUCACUGCAAUCUAUUUUUGUAUGUCUCCAGCAGAAUUGUGCACCUGCAGCGUCUCAGCCCACACUGACUGUAAUGAGGCUGCAUGUAAAUGUUGGUUUGAUGUGACGGCACCUCUCCAGGCUUGUGCUCCACCUCUACAUGCAUCCUUCUGGAUGCAUUCUUUUCCUCUGAUGUAUUUUAUGUAAACACUGUACAUUGAUAUAACUGUAAUAUGUACUAUUAUAUGCAGCUUUAUUUCCAUUGCGUUGUAUGUUUGGAGUUACCAGUAUCCCUAACCUGCUAGCCAGAGGGGGGAGGUGAACGAUACUACAGACAUUUAAAAAGAUACAGAUGUUUUAAUGUAAUUUGUCAAUUGUACAAACAGCUAAAAUUAAAGGUUUAUUAGGGGUUUUUAAACUGUGUCAUGCUUUUCUGUCAUUUGCACACAUGGGGCAGAACCAUCUGAAGUCUUCUCUUUGUUUCUUUUCAGCUUUUCAUCUGUGUUGAGGCUCUUGCAGUUUUUUUUAAAAUGAAAUCCAUCAAUGAUUUGUCUUCAUUUUUAAGUAAUA